GUUAAUCAACUAUAUUCCAAAAACCUAAUGCUGAUCUGUAUUCCAGAUAACCUUAUACUGGUUUAUAUUCCAUAUAGCCUUAUACUGGUCUAUAUUCCAGAUAACCUUAUAGUAGUUUAUAUUCCAGAUAACUUAAUACUGGUCUAUAUUUCAGAUAAACUUAUAGUGGUUUAUAUUCCAGAUAACCUAAUACCGGUCUAUAUUCCAGAUAACCUUAUACUGGUUUAUAUUCCAGAUAACCUUAUGCUGGUUUAUAUUCCAGAUAAUCUUAUACUAGUCUAUAUUCCAGAUAACCGGUCUAUAUUCCAGAUAACCUGA